AUGGUGAAGGAUGGUGUUAUUGAACCUUCAUCUAGUCCAUGGUGUUCACCUGUGGUGCUGGUAAAGAAGAAGGACGGCAGCAUGCGGUUUUGUGUUGACUACCGCCGCCUGAACGACGUUACGAAGAAGGACAGCUAUCCCUUGCCUAGAAUUGAUGACACGCUGGACAUGCUCACAGGCGCAAAGUGGUUUAGUACGCUGGACCUGAAAAGUGGCUACUGGCAGGUUGAAAUUGACCCUAAGGACAAGAAGAAAACUGCAUUCUCCACAGGAAAGGGUCUGUGGCAAUUUAAAGUCAUGCCGUUUGGAUUGUGCAAUGCUCCAGCAACGUUUGAAAGAUUGAUGGAGCUUGUACUUACCGGGCUAAUUGGAGAUGCCUGUCUGGUCUAUUUGGAUGACAUCAUCAUCGUAGGCCGUACGUUUGAGGAACACCUUCAAAACCUGGAACGCGUGCUCAUGAAGAUCCAGAGUGCCAACCUCAAGUUGAGUCCAAAGAAGUGUUCACUAUUCAAACGGCAAGUUAGUUUUUUGGGGUAUGUAGUGUCGGAAGAAGGUAUACGCACGGAUCCAGAAAAAAAUUGCCGCUGUCAAGGAGUGGCCGGUUCCAAAAGACAAGACACAGGUUAG